AACAGCAUGGCAAGCCUUAUCGAGCUGGACUCCGUCGAGAUUCUGGUUGUGAUUGACAAUGAGCUCGACCCGAUCUCCGCCUCGCCCAAUCCCGGGGUACUCCAAAGCGGCAAUCUUAAAGACGUCGCUUUCCGCGAAGAAGCCCAACAGCCAGACCCAGACGGUGAGCCUUUUCGAGAAGCCAAAAUGGAGAACAUUUGCUGUGGAGCUCACGGUCUCUCUCUGAUUAUCACCGGGAUCCGAGGCGAGCAGAAGCACACCAUCUUGUUCGACACCGGCCCAGAAGAGCGAGCAUUCGAGUUGAAUGCAAAACGCCUUCGUGCUGAUCUGGCCAACAUUGAGAGGAUCCAGCUGUCUCACUGGCACCGCGAUCAUUCGGGAGGCAUGCUUCGAGCAUUGAGCAUGAUCGACGAAGCACGCCGAGGUGGAGGAGCAGCAAGCUCUUCUCCAGUCGUGGUCGAUUUGCACCCAGAUCGACCCUUUCUGCGAGGUGUGAAGUCUCCGUCUGUCGGCAUGACGAUAGCGCUUGGAAAAGACCCAACGUUCGAAGAGAUCGAGGCCGCUGGAGGAGAAGUCUGCAAAAGUGAUCAAUCCCAUGCUGUACUGGACGACAUGUUCCUCAUCUCGGGAGAAAUUCCUCGCACAACACCAUAUGAGAAUGGCCUCAAGUAUGGAGUCAGACUACAAGAACAGCAUUGGAUCGAUGAUUCGCUGAUGAAGGAUGAACGACUGCUGAUGUGCAAAGUCAAAGGCAAGGGCAUCGUCGUCUUCACGGGCUGCAGCCAUGCGGGCGUAGUGAAUGCUUCGCGACAUGCAUUCGAGCUAGGUGGCGGUACACCCCUGUACGCUGUGAUGGGUGGUUACCAUCUCGCAGACGCCGAACCAACUCAUAUCCAAAGCACCGUCGCAGAUUUGAAGGAACUCGAUGCUCAAGUCCUGCUGGCGGGUCAUUGUACGGGCUGGCGAGCCAAGUUUGAGAUUCAGAAUCAGAUGCCUGGUCGUCUUGUUCCGUCGUUCGUUGGCUCGAAAUACACGAUAUGA